AUCUAACCUAACUUGGGUUGAAUCACAUCACGGAAAGUGCAGGCUUUACGUCGAAGAUCUCGUACGCGAAAAACGAAUCGCCCUUGGCAGAUCGUGAUCCAUUUUUAUGUGUUUAUAAGUGUGAACGAAUGUGAACUCUGUGUGACAGUGAUAAAUCGGCACAUUUAAUGCGGUUUCGGACGGUUUCGAAACUGGCAAUUUGACUGUGCACGUUGGUACGGAUCGUCGAAUAUAAAGUAUAAACGAUGAAUAUUCGCUUACACACGAGAAAUUCGUUCGAUGCGUGAUCGGUUAAUUGACGCGGUCUAACCUCAAAGAGCAACAUGAUAACCUCACAUGUGCUCGUAUUGCUUACCGGUCUGAUUGGUGUUGGAACGUGUAACAACGCGUACAAUGACUUCUUCGACGAGGAGUUAAUGUUGAAGCCUUUGUCGAAUAAUCACGUCUAUGCCUACUUUCAAUUUAGCACGAUAUGGGAAACGGCGAACAGUGUAGAAGCACUUCAACAUUCACAUCUUUUUCCGAGAGGAUUGGGCGAGAUUAUUGGCCGUCAUAAUGUUGAUGAGCUGCACGUUACUCUAACGGAAGGCUUGUGGAAUUAUCAGAAAUGGGGAUAUCCUUUUCAUGACGCUGGACCUGGUGCUGAAGUCACUGCCUGGUUUAAUAAGAAUAUAACAAACAUAGACGAGGAAUGGAAAGGUCUGACAAACGCUUUAGCUGGACUACUCUGCGCAUCUCUGAAUUUUGUUGAUGCCUCCAAUAGUAUGUCGCCAGAGUUUACAUUCCGUCCUACUGGCGUUACGGACGGGCCAGUGAAUUCUAGUCACUUGCGUUAUUCGUCAUUACCGAGGGAGAUAGUUUGCACCGAGAAUCUGACACCAUUUAAAAAAUUGUUGCCUUGUGACUCCAAGAGAGGUCUAGCUACGUUAUUGAAUUCCGCGCAUAUUCAUAAUACAAAUUAUCACUCCAUUGGGAUACAUUUUCGGUCGAUUUGUCGUGAUAUAACUUGCACAAGAACGUCUUUAGAACUGCGACAGACUGUUUCCUUGAUAUAUGACACAAUGGCAGAUGCGAAUCAAGAUUGGUCGAUACGAAAAUUUUUUGGAAUGGGGGUUAAAGGUGCAUGUCCGCUAGCAACGUUAAGUAAUAUUUAUGUUGAUAUUUCGGGUAACAAUACGAAUCAUAUAUAUGAAUUAACACCACCACCAAGUGCGAAAGUUGCUAGCUUGCGUGGUGGACAGCAGAAUGAAAUAGCGAUAUAUGAUAUCAGGGCACAUUCGAGCAGAGGAAUAUUUAAUAUUGCUGCUGUACAUAGUGCACCAAAGAGUAACGUUAUAUAUUAUUCUUCAAUCCUCUAUGCGAAUAGAUAUAUUAUCGGAUAUGGCCAAGAAAGAGGCAGUUUAGUGACUAAAUUAUAUAAUAAUCACUGGCAGGCAUUAGAUGUAAUCUUACUGGAAAAUAUUCCAUGGUACUUACUGGUUUACUUACAUUCCAUUACAAUAACUUGUAAUAAUCAACGAGUUCAUCCAUUAGCGCAACGUUAUUUACCUGGAAGGGAGAGGAAAAGCCCAUACUAUUUAGAAUUAAUCCUGCGCCUGCCUCCGCACUCGGUAACAAAAAUCGCCAUAGAUAUGGAUUAUCUAUUCCUCAAAUGGCAGGAGUAUCCGCCGGAUGCUAAUCACGGUUUUUACAUGGGACCAGCUGUGGUCACAGCCUUAUUACCCAUAGCUAGAAAUUACACCGCUCUACCGCUCGACGGAAGUACAAUUACUUCGAGUUUUAACGCUUCGAGGGAUGAUUAUCUAGUACAAUUACGGACAGAGUCCUUGCUCAUUAGUCUUCCGACUCCAGAUUUUAGUAUGCCUUAUAAUGUUAUAUGCCUUGCUUGUACAGCUGUCGCAUUAGCAUUUGGCCCACUUCACAACAUUUCCACAAAGCGACUGGUUUUAAAACGCAUCGAAAAGGACUGGAAAGGUAAACUGUUUUCCUUUUUUAUAGGAAAGAUAUUCGGAACAAAGAAAAAACAAGAAUAAAGACUGCAAACGAACAUAUUAUUAUGUAUUAUAAACGCGCAAAUUGUAUCUCUCUUGCGAAUAUAUUCACGUAUUUCCUGUAGAUAAUAAACAAUUUUAAUGAUAAA